AUGGCUGAACCACCGCCACCUUACAGUGAGGUGCUCACUGACACACGUGGUAUUUACCGAAAGAUCCUCAACCCUUUCCUAACUGUCCAGGAUGAAGUGGUAAAACCAGAGCAACCCCUGAGCCAUAAACAGCAUCUGGCAGCACCGGCACACACUCAGCCUCUUCCCGGAGCCCUGAGCUCACAGAUUCCCGUCAGCCUUUCACAGGAAGUACAUAGGCCAAGACCACCAUCCUGGGCUGGCUCCGACAUAAGUAGUGGAGGACUGCACAGACUGCCUGGGGGCUGCCAGCUCAUCUUCCCUAUUCCUCUUCUGGGCAGGACUACAGCUGUUUAA